AUGUCUGACGCCGGUCGCAAGGAUUUCUCCACUAAGGCUAAGGAGGAGUUUACUCCUGACUCCGCCAAGUCCACCCAGGACAAGAUCAAGGAGACCGUUACCGACACCGGUGAUCGCGUCGCUCGCGGCUUCCAGUCCGACAACAGCAAGUCUGGCACGCAGGAGGCUUUCGACAAGACCCAGCGCUCCCACGAUAACACUUCCCACGGCGGUGCUUCCGGCUCCAUUGGCGACAAGAUCAAGGACACCCUUGGUCUGGGUAACAACUAA